CUCUCUUGCUCGCUAGCUGCUGCACUCCAUAUUUUUAGUUUCUUUUCUCUCGUGAAAGAAGGCUCUCCAGUUGUGGUUUUUGUGUGUCCGAAAGCAUGGCUCCAAUCCCUCGGAUUUCUAGGGAGCUCAGGGAUAUGCAAAGAGAUCCUCCUACAAACUGUAGCGCAGGUCCUGUGGAUGGGGACAUGUUCCAUUGGCAAGCAACUAUCAUGGGACCCCCUGACAGUCCGUUUGCCGGAGGAGUAUUUUCGGUCAACAUUCAAUUUCCUCCAGAUUACCCUUUCAAGCCACCCAAGGUGUCUUUCAAGACUAAGGUGUACCACCCGAACAUCAACAGCACUGGAGGCAUUUGCCUUGAUAUCCUCAAAGAGCAAUGGAGUCCUGCUCUUACCAUAUCCAAGGUUUUGUUGUCGAUUUGCUCGCUGCUGACUGACCCGAAUCCAGAUGAUCCUCUUGUCCCGGAGAUAGCCCAUAUAUACAAGGUCGAUAGACCCAAGUAUGAGUCAACUGCGCGAAGCUGGACACAGAAGUACGCCAUGGGAUGAUGAUGAUGAUGAUACGACAAAGCUUUUUAUCUCGACAAGCCAAAAUAUAACUCUGUUGUUUUGCAUGGAAAUGGGAAUUUGAAGGGAAAUAAGCAAAACGAUUAUACGAUACGAUAUCAUAAUCGAAUAGAGUCUUAUGCCUCAUCAUCAUCAUCAUCUUACUCCUUCUUUGAAGUCUGAGCAAUUUCUUUAUUAUUCUUAAAUAAAACGUAUUUUUAAGUU